AUGUCUUCUAGUUUAGUUCCGACCGGUCCAAAUACAAACAAGCCGCCAGCCGUCCUAAUCGUCUACCAAUGCCGAACGAGCGCGGUGAGCCGCGCUGAUGGAUGGGGGGAUGGAAAAGAAUGGGAAGGAUGGAAGUACCAAAACGCGUUGACGGCCCUCGCCGCAUCGCGCCUCGCCUAAGGUGAUGAGGUGUCCUGACGUGUAGGUGCAAUGUCAUGUUCGGCAGCUCACCUCGACAUCUCCUUUCAGCCUGCCCCCUUCAAUCUUCCCGCG